CGGUGCGAAUGGCGUGAUAUCGGUUGCGAACGAGGUAAACACUAUUGCACCAUUCACAACGUAUCAUUCUAGAGACGGCGUUGCACGUGUCAAGUUGUAUUGUUUUAUUUCGGUUGUAAUUUUCAUUUCUCGUGUUAAAUUUGUUGCAAAAACACAUCGAUUUUUGUCUGGUUGAAAAGAAAAAUUGAAAAUCAAUCAAAAUGUUUAAAAUUGUUGAGCCCAUUGGCAAAUUAUUUAAUGUGAAACAUUUCACAACGUCUGAUACCAUAUUUUUGCUCAACACCAAAUUCACAACGGCACUGCUAGUUCUGUUUUCGAUUUUACUCACGGCAAUGGAUUUGCUUCGUGCAUCAAUCGACUGCUACAUCGACAGCGAGAGCAAGCGCAAACCAAUUAUGGACAAUUACUGCUGGAGCAUUGGAACAUACAUCUGCAAGGAUCAUAGUAAAGAUAACAUUCUCAGUUGUUUUGAUCACAGUGAAGAGAACAAAAUCCACCAGCGAUACUAUCAAUGGGUCCCACUUUUGCUCCUCGUUCAAGCAGUAAUUUCAUACGUCCCAGCUUACGUUUGGAAAGUGGCGGAAUGCGGACUGCUUCACAAACUAUGCGAUAAUCUAGAUGCAUCGUUCGGCCGAACCAAUUGGAAUGAAAAAAAGAGUGAUGUUAUCAAUUACUUCAGUGGCAAAUUCGCGGGCCGUGCGCACAUGCUGUACACUACCCAGUAUAUUGGCUGCAAAAUCCUUAGCGUUAUUCUCAUUGCAUUGAACAUUUUGGUGUUGAACAUGGUGAUUCCUGGAUUUUGGUUGACAUAUUCUAGUGCUACUGCAUCAUUGAUUACGGGAAAUGUUCCGGAAUGGAUAAUGUACAGUGACUUAGUGUUUCCACGAACGGCCAAAUGCGAAUACAAAGCGUAUGGUCCGUCUGGAUCACCCCAAAUCUUCGAUGCACUCUGUUUAUUGCCGCUGAAUGUGUUGAACCAGAAAAUUUUUGUCAUCAUUUGGAUGUGGUACAUUUGCCAGUUGAUUGUAUCGUUCGGAAAUCUCAUUUACUGGGCGGUCGUCUACUACAGCCGAAACAUUCGCAUUGAAAUUCUUCGACGACGUUCAUUGAUGUCCGUCUCGCGUAAACAAAUCAUGCAAGCAACCGAUAAAGGACAUCUGGGCAAUUACUUUGUUCUCAAUCAAAUUGCCAAAAACACGAAUAUCGUUACGUUUGUCGAGAUUUUGACGGAACUAUCGAUGAAGAAUUUGUGCACAGGAAAUCUGGAAUUAAAUGGCGAAAAAUCCAUUUGAUAUGUACAUUGUAGUCACAUCAAUCGAAAUUGUUCAUUAGACAUUAUCGCUUAUACUGUAUUUCAUACACAUGCAUACGAAAUUGGAUGGGGAAAAAAACUGAAUAUUGUUGAAAAUAUUUAGAAUUUUUUAUGUAAAUAUCGCAUAUUUUGUAUUAGAAUUCGUAUUUAUAAAUAGUUGCAAUUAUUUCAUUCGAACAAAAUAAAUUUAUUGAAAUACAUUCCAAAGAAAAAAUAGAGACGGUCACAGUUUGGAUACUUUUUUAUGUCAACCAAUUUGUGAAAAAGAGUUCAUUAGUCACUAUCAUCAACCAUCAAAAAUAAAGAAUUGGAAAAUGAA